GAGCCGAGGGGGCCAGGCUGGCGCCUGCGCCGUGCCGCGCUGGUGGCGCAUUUUCCCCCAACAGGGGAAGGUGGCGCCUGGCGGAGCGGAAGGGGGCGGUGCUCCGCCCGCCGCCACUCGUGCAGCGGAGGCUGCUCGGGGGAGCGGCUCCGGCUGGCGGCGGAGGCGAGUGAACUACCUCUUAUGAAAUAAAGAAAUGGAUGGGAUGGAUGAAACAUCUAAAAGAAUCCUAGAGCCAUACCAGUACUUACUUCAACUGCCAGGUAAGCAAGUGAGAACCAAACUGUCACAGGCCUUUAAUCACUGGCUGAAUGUUCCAGAAGAUAAAAUACAGGUUAUCAUUGAAGUGACAGAGAUGUUGCACAAUGCAAGCCUACUUGUGGAUGAUAUUGAAGAUAACUCAAAGCUGCGACGGGGCUUUCCGGUGGCACACAGUAUCUAUGGAAUUCCAUCUGUAAUCAACUGUGCUAAUUAUGUGUAUUUCCUUGGCUUAGAGAAGGUUUUAACCCUUGAUCAUCCAGAUGCUGUUAAAGUUUUUACUCGUCAACUUCUGGAACUCCAUAAAGGUCAAGGCUUGGAUAUUUACUGGAGGGAUACUUACACCUGUCCUACGGAAGCGGAAUAUAAAGCUAUGGUACUGCAAAAGACAGGUGGUCUCUUUGGAUUAGCUGUAGGCCUCAUGCAGCUGUUCUCAAAUUAUAAAAAAGACUUAAAGCCGCUUCUUAACACACUUGGCCUCUUCUUCCAAAUAAGAGAUGACUAUGCCAACUUGCACUCCAAAGAAUAUAGUGAAAACAAGAGUUUUUGUGAAGACUUAACUGAGGGCAAGUUCUCAUUCCCAACCAUUCAUGCCAUUUGGUCAAGACCUGAAAGUACUCAGGUGCAAAACAUUUUACGUCAGAGGACAGAAAACAUAGAUAUAAAAAAAUACUGUGUGCAUUACCUUGAAAAUGUGGGUUCCUUUGAGUACACUCGGAAUACAUUGAAAGAGCUUGAAUCUGAAGCCUAUAAACAAAUUGAAUCACUUGGGGGGAACCCUGAGCUUGUAGCGCUAGUUGAACAGCUGAGCAAAAUGUUCAAAGAAUCUGAAAAUUAAAAUCCUUCUGGGGGUGGAUCAGAACUUUUUAAAAAGGAAAAAUAACUAGACUGAGAGGUGUGAUAAUCAGUCUUGUUUAAAACCCUUGUGUAGCCACAUUACAGAAAUUACUGUUAAAAGCAAUUUGUCAUUGAGUAUUGAAAUAUUUACCCUAUUAUCUAUACGGUCUUAACCGUAACUGCUUGCAGAUGGCUUUUUUAAAGAGGGUGUACUAGAACUGAAACAAGUUUUGACUCUAAAUGUGAUCAUCUUUACACAAUCAUCGGCAUUAUUUCAGGCCUAAAACUCUCAUAUCUUUAACCAGGCUACUGUAGGUUUCUGUCUGAAAUUGUGUUCAAUCAGAUUUUCCUGAGUGUAUUGUGCAUUUUCAAACAAUGCUCUAGUAAAACAAAAUAUAUGAUGUUAAAUAACAAGAUACUUUCAACCACAAUGCACAUAAAACUGUUGUGUGAUAUUUUUAAGUUAGACUUGUGAAGAUCAGUUGGAUCAGCUUAUGAAGUGAAUAGCCUAUCUAGCUUCUGGGGAUAUUUUCAGGGGAGUGUGAAUUAUGAAAGAUAGUAUUUUAUAUGCAAAUAAGACUAAUGUUUAGUCUGAAAAUGUAGCUUUAUAAAGUUUUCUAAGUACCUUAAAGAAAAGAUUCCAUCACAUCAGCAAAGCAUAAAUUUGCUGCUGAUUCCAGCUCUGCAGUGAAUAAUUUUGAUUGCCUGGUUUUAGAUUUCUAAACUGUCAAGUAUUUUGUAGCUAGGAAUUCAAAUCUAUGCAUUAGAGCUCAUAUACGUAACUGUAAAUAGCAACGUCAUAAGCUGCUACUAGAAAUGGAAUGGGAUUCACAUCAGGUCACUUCAGAACACUGUAAUAGGUAUAGGUCUCAUUAAUCUCUGUUUAUAAUUGAGGAGGGAUCCUCCAGGAGGUAAUUCAUUCACGUCCUGAAUUACUAUUUAGAGGCAUGUUAUAGGUCUCUCCAAAAAGACAAGUUCUGUAAUUUUUUGCUAAAACAAAGUACAGCAUCUUGUUCUACAUGCUAUAAUACCACUUCAGUUUUGUUAAUGGCUUAAAUAGUACUUUAAAAUUUUAUACACAGACACAGCAAAAUGGAACUGGAACUAAGGGCAAGAUUCGGGGGGAAAGGCCGGUAAGUGAUAAAACCCUCUGAUUAUAUAUAAAUACAUACAUAUAAAGGUGAACAAAAUGUAAGCAGAGAUGUUUGUUUCUUCUUGGCUGGGCUGGCUUUAAUCAGGUUCGGUUCCCUUAGGCUUCACAGCCGCAUAAAGCUUUGCUUUGGUGGCAGGAGGUAAUGGUUUGGAUCAAGGGUAGGACUGAUGCUGUCAGCCAUGGUGUUGGCUCAAGCAUACUCUCAAAAGAAAUGGCCAGAGGUGCUUGGCUUCUGACAGCUAAAGGAUAGUUUUACACAGUUGUUCAUUUACUGUUCUGGGAAAGCAGGGAGAGUUAAAGUCUCAACCCACUGAGAAGACUAACUGAAGGAUAUUGCUGUAAUGUCUUCUCUGGGCAGCCUUAAGAUGCUUAUGAAAGUAAUCAAGCAUGAAAAAAUUCAGGAUGACUGCUUUUAGUCAGAGACAUUAUGUAGUUAUGGAUGAUAGCCUAUCCCUUUUAUCUGUGUGCUGAGGAGGAAUCUUUGCUCUGUGAUUAAGCACGAAAUAAUAAAUAGCCUUUUCACUCAAUGGCCCUAGUUGCCAGGCCUGAAUGACUGAAAGAUGAUGAAAGGUGUCUUUAAUGUUAAUGCCAGUGAAUUGUAAUUCCUUUUUCAUGACUUGCAGUGCUCCAUAGUGAGUCCGUAAAUCUGUUUUAUGAGAAAAUACUAUCUGCAGCAAAGUACAGCAUUUACGUUGUGCCAUGUCUUGGGAGUUUCUAAGCACUGUUGAAUGGGGGAGAAUGGGGGAGAGAACUGGAAAUACUAUUGCUGUCAGAGAAUCUCCUAGUCGUACUGUAAAAGAUAGCCUUGUGCCUGUUGGGAUGUUGUAACUGACAGUGCGAAGUGUGCUUAGUGCCAUUUCAUGCCUGCUCAGUUGCUGGAUGUAAACAAUUUUGUGUAAUCAAACUUUCCCAAUGAGGUAGCUUUUUUUAUUUUUGUAUAAAACUUCUCCACCAUCUGAGACUUCUGCUAUGUGGUCACUUUGGUUCAUUCUGGCAGCUCACCCUAGUAUUUAUUCUAAUACCGUAUCUUGUGGAACAUGCCUACAUUAAUUUAGGAUUAAGUAUGUUGGAAGUUUUCCAGCUGCCGGCCCUUUAAACCAGAAGUAAGUAAGAAGGGAAAAGUACCCUAGGAAAAGAAAGCUGGACCAACAAGAAACCAUCCAUCUUACUCUUCUGCCUUCAAGGCUUUUGAUACCAGUAUUCAAAGCAUACCCUGAAGGUGUAUCUUAAAGGGCCCAGAAGCAGAGUAUUGUUGGUCUUCCCUUUCGUUAAGAUGAACUGAGGCCUCUGAGUUUUGUGGGUUUUGGUUUGGUUUUUAUGUAUUCAAGAGUUGAAGAAGGCUGGGAUCUUUCCCCUUCCUCUAUUAAGCAGGCAGAGCAUCUUUAAGCAUUAAGCAUUAAGCAUCGGCAGUGAUGAUGCUCCAUAGUCAAGGUAGAUUUUAUAUUUGGUGCCAUAAGAUGAGACUGUACAUCCUCAUCAGUAUUCUCUGGUACAAGCUCCUGAUGUUAAGCCAUGGUAGGAAAAAUCACUUCCUUAAAGCAGCAUGAGAGUUCUGUGGCUGCAGAAUUAGUUUAGUUAUGUAAGCGCAGUUCUCUGUUGCUAUGCCUCCCAUAACACAGAGUAAGGUUUUUUCCUGAUCUUCACAAGAAAUGCAUUGCUCUGGAAUGGAAAUCUGAGUUGCAAGUGGAAACAGCCGUGGGGAGACAAUAAGGGCUGUUGGUUUCAGUGUCAGUCCCUUUGAGCCAGAACUGUUCCCCUUAUUAUCUUCCUGAGAUUGCCAAUAAGAUUUACUUUGAUCGGGUUACCAGUGCGUUUCUUGGGGAGGUUAGCUCUUGCAAUGCAUAUAAAGAGAAAUGCAAAUGCUCAUCGGUCUCCAGCAUUUCCCCUUCCCUCAGUCUGUUUUGUGAUUGUGUGCUUGCUCGGAUGUGAAGGAAUGGUGUGUAUAAAUGAAUGCUGUUACCUGAGGGGCAGCCAUUGGAUGGUACAUGGGUCUCUGCUGCUUCAAAGGCUGAUGUUAUCCCCAUCAAUUAUAGUGAAAAUGGCAUCAUUUCAGAACCUUACUGAGGAGGGAGAUAACUUGUCUUCCACUUCUGCCUUUGAGCUCAGGCUGUUCAGGUACCACUGUCCUGGCUUCAGGACAACACUGUAUGUAUCAGCCAGCUGUUGAUACCAACCGCCUAAAAAUGUUAAUGGCAGUGGGAAAGUUGCUGCUGGUUAUUUCUUUUUGCUUUCAACUUUAUGGUGGAUUUUGCUAGCUAUUAAAUAUCUAAAUGCCUCCAUGUGCUACAGAAGUUUCCUAUAUGAAUAGCUUCUUUCCUCAGUUAUUGUUAAAAUGCCAACAUGGUGUAUAAAGACAGGAUUUGUGCUUGGUUUGGGUUUUUGGAUGGGUUUUUUUGGUUGUGUUUUGUUUUGGUUGGUUGGUUUUUGCACAUUCUUAUCUAAAACUGGUUUGAACUCUGAUACAUCUUUAACACUGAAUUGGGCCAGGCUUUUAUUUAUGUUCAAGAGCAAUAUAGGUAUCUGUUGCUGCUUUUUUUUCUGUCUUAAUCUUAUCAUUUUACAUUUCAGGUUUGAUAUUUACUAUGUUCUUUGUAUUAUUUGCUCAGUACUUUCAUUGUAAUUCUUCUCAGCUAUAUUUCUAUUCUGCUACUAAUACCAUAGCACACACAAUUCCAUCAACCUCAUUUUUGAUCCUGGACAAACAAAAUAGUCUGGGUUUGCUUUUGAAAUGUUAAAUCUUGGCUCAUCAUAUGCCUUCACAAGGUAAUCCAAGAUUUUCUGCAGUCCUGAAAUGCCUGAAACUUUUUUCCAAGAAGCUAAAGCCUGUAACAUAUUUUUUUUAUUGCUUAAAUUAUUUUUGUCUCCUAUAGCUGGAGCUCCUUUCCUUCUCCUACCCAUUUGCUUUCAACACCUAUUUUGCUUUGGUGGUAAUGCUCAUUAAGCUUUUUUGUGAAAGAACUUAACUUCUCUCCCCCAGGGCUAGUGAGUUAACUUUUGUCUGGGUUAAUGAAUUAUCCCACUCAGCAAGAGCCUGAUGAAUGUCAGAGCUGGCAGGUGGACAGAGGCAAAAACAGAGCCGGGGAAAGGAUCUGAGAGAAUGAGAAAACCAAUUUUAGGCUCCUGAGGCUGUCUCAUGUAAUUCCACAUCAUUUUACAGCAUCUCCUUUACUUCAUUAGGAAAGGUUAAAGGGGUGGUUAGUUUCUGAGCUUCCCUUCUUGCUUUCCAAAUAGAAUGUAGGAGGUAUUAAAGAGAAAUAUUAUUUAUUCUGAUAUUUUUAUAACUUGCAUAUAUCAUCUUAAAGUUUCAAUUAAAAGUACAGAUAAAACAAAGUA